AUGAAGAUCCUUGACCCCCAAGCAGCGGUCCUUACCAACGUGGAAGUUCUCGCCUACCUCACGGCGAACCCGCCCGCCGUCCGCCCAUUCCACAACUACGUCUCUCGCAUCUCCCCCCAUCUCCUCAAAUACCCACGCUCUACAGAUCGACCCAGCUCCUCGCAUUCCCAAUCCCAAACAGCCAUGACCCGAACCAUGCGCCCCAGCGUAACAUCCACCACCGAACUUGAACCACCUACUAUUUCACGACAGCCUCUCUCCAAUGAACCUACGCCCCUGGACCGCGCUAUCCGCAGCCUGAUCCAGAAACUUCGCCCGUACGGGCUGACCAAAGCCGAGGUGCUGACUAUCGUCAAUCUGGGCAUUGGUCUGUCUGCGGGGGAAUCGGAAGAUCUGACUGCUGUCGGUGAGGCCAAUGGACAUGGUGAGAUGAUGGAGGUUGACGAGACUCCCGUUGAAGGGGAAGGGGAAGAAAUGGCUGGUGGGGAUGGUGCCGAGGGAGAAGAAGGGGAAGAGGGUGGUGCUACGGAGGCGGAUUAUGGUGCGUUGGCGCUGUUUGACGCUGUGAUUGAGGAAAGAGAGGAACGAAUCUCGGACGAUGAUUUGAUUGCCAUCUUGGGGAUCAUUCGGGAGACUUUGAAUGAGAAUUAUACGGGUUGA